UGCCGCGGUGUUCCUCGUACGCACGCGCACCGCACCUCCCCCAUGGGGGCGGGGCCUAGUGGCGUCAUCAGGGCGCGCCGCGAAUGCGUCCGGGUUGCCGGAAGUGGAGCUGCGGAGGCAGCUGGCCAUGGCAGCGGCCCAGGGGGACCCUGGCCUCUCCAAGCUGCAGUUCGCCCCUUUCAGCAGCGCCCUGGACGUCGGCUUCUGGCACGAGCUGACCCAGAAGAAGCUGAAUGAAUACCGGCUGGACGAAGCCCCCAGGGACAUCAAGGGCUAUUACUACAACGGUGACUCUGCCGGGCUGCCGGCCCGCCUGACCUUGGAGUUCACUGCCUUUGACACGGGAGCACCCACACCAGCCCACUGCUGCCCAGCCCUUGGCACCUUGCAUAACACCAACACCCUGGAGGCGUUCAAGGCUGCCGACAAGAAGCUGCUCUUAGAGCAAGCCGCCAAUGAGGUCUGGGAGUCCAUCACCUCUGGCGCCGCUCUGGAGAACCCCGUCCUGCUCAGCAAGUUCCUGCUCCUGACGUUCGCGGACCUGAAGAAGUACCACUUCUACUACUGGUUCUGCUCCCCUGCCCUCUGCCUCCCGGAGAGCAUCCCGCUCACCCAGGGCCCUGUGGGCUUGGAUCAGAGGUUUUCACCGAGACAGAUCCAAGCCCUGGAGCGGGCCUACGACGGUCUGUGCCACGGGGAGGGUGUCCCCGCACUGCCUUACUUCCUGGUCCAGUACGACGAGGACGAGGUGCGGGUGGCCCCCCUCAGACACCACAGCGCGUUCUUCCCAGGUCCACAGGAAAAGGUAACCGUGGGUGUGUACGACCCCUGCACCUUAGCCCAGUACCCCGGCUGGCCUUUGAGGAAUCUCCUGGUCCUGGCAGCUCACAGAUGGAGCGGUAGCAUCCAGGCCAUGGAGGUCAUCUGCUUCCGGGACCGCACGCUGCAGGGUAUGAGGAGUGUGGCUCACAGCAUCAUCUUCCAAGUGAGGCUUCCAGAAAUUGCAUUCAGCCCAGAUUGCCCCAAAGCCGUCGGGUGGGAGAAGAACCAGAAAGGCAGCAUGGGACCGAGGAUGGUGAACCUCAGCGAAUGCAUGGACCCCAAAAGGCUAGCAGAGUCCUCGGUCGACUUAAAUCUCAGACUCAUGUGUUGGAGACUGGUCCCCACACUGGACUUGGACAAGGUCGUGUCCGCUAAGUGUCUGCUGCUGGGAGCUGGCACCUUGGGGUGUAACGUAGCCAGGACCCUGAUGGGCUGGGGUGUCCGACACAUCACAUUUGUGGACAACGCCAAGAUCUCCUACUCGAACCCUGUGAGGCAGCCGCUCUAUGAGUUUGAAGACUGCCUGGCGGGAGGGAAGCCUAAGGCCCUGGCUGCAGCUGACCGGCUUCAGAAGAUAUUCCCCGGAGUGAAUGCCCAGGGGUUCAGCAUGAGCAUCCCCAUGCCCGGACACCCCGUCAACUUCUCCAGCGCCACCCUGGAGCAGGCCCGGCGGGACGUGGAGCAGCUGGAGCAGCUGGUCACCAGCCACGACGUGGUCUUCCUGCUCAUGGACACGCGAGAGAGCCGCUGGCUACCCACUGUGCUGGCUGCCAGCAAGAGGAAGCUGGUCAUCAAUGCCGCCCUGGGAUUCGACACCUUCGUGGUCAUGCGGCACGGCCUGAAGAAGCCCAGGCAGCAGGAGGCAGGAGACGUGGGCCCCAGCACCCCGCUGCCCCCUGUGGACCCCCUGGGCUCCUCUCUCUUUGCCAACAUCCCCGGCUGCAAGCUGGGCUGCUACUUCUGCAAUGAUGUGGUGGCCCCUGGCGACUCCACCAGAGACCGCACCCUGGACCAGCAGUGCACAGUCAGCCGCCCGGGGCUGGCCACCAUCGCGGGGGCCCUGGCCGUGGAGCUGAUGGUGUCUGUGUUGCAGCACCCUGAGGGGGGCUACGCCGUGGCCAGCAGCAGUGAUGACCGCAUGAACGAACCACCCACCUCCCUGGGGCUGGUGCCUCACCAGAUCCGUGGAUUUCUGUCACGCUUCGAUAACGUCCUUCCCGUGAGCCUGGCGUUUGACAAGUGCACGGCCUGUUCUUCCAAAGUGCUGGACCAGUACGAGCGGGAAGGAUUUCACUUCCUGGCCAAAGUGUUCAACUCCUCACACUCCUUCCUGGAAGACCUGACGGGCCUCACGCUGCUGCACCAGGAGACACAGGCUGCCGAGAUCUGGGACAUGAGUGACGACGAGACGGUCUGAGCCAGGACCCCCGGGGCCAGAGGAGGACUGCACCCCAGGACUGGUGACACUGGGGCCCAUGCCUCACCUGCACUGUCCCCCGGGACUCCGCCACCCCGCCAGCCCUGAGCUCAAUAAUGACCCGGCUCUGCUGCCCUGUGGUCCGUCCGGCUGCGUUUUCUCAUCCCUGUGCUCCCCACCAGGCCCCCAGAGGUCUCCCUCUCCCAUGGGGGGAUGGGUUGCACCCCCCAUGGACUGUCACCCAGAGGCCGUGGUUUAAGAGCACUUUAUUAUUGUUCUUAAGGCUACUUUAAGUACAAAAAAAGAGAUGGCCUGCCAAA